AUUUAACGGUAACCCCAGAAGAGGUUAAAGCACGUCCUGGAACCACUGUACAAUUUCUUUGCGAAUUAUCUACUGUCAAUGGAAUGAAAGGUGGUAAAGUCUACUGGAUGCGUACAGAUCGUCAAGGUCUACGUCCUGGUAAAGAAGAAGUUAUUGGAACAAAUGGUGGAAGAGCACUAUUGAUUGUUAAAGAUGUUGGACGAUUUGAACACAAUAUCACUUAUAUGUGUACAGACGGA